ACCACAACAUAUCAAACAAAAAAAACCUAUUAUCAAAAGAACUAGAGAGCAAUGACUAAUCCCAUGAUCAAGGUUAUGCUAUUGUUGUUUCUUGUGUUGUCGAUUGGAGCAGACGAAGAACUGAUGAAGAAAGAGUGUAGCCAGACAGGAAACCAAAACUUAUGCCUCUUUUGUCUUGAAUCUGACCCAAUCUCCUUCCAAACCGACCGUGCUGGAUUCGUCAGCAUCACUAUACACUGUCUCAAAUCUCAACUUGAUAUUCUCAUCAACGACGUCACGAGUCUGUCGAAGAAAGGAGAGGGUGAAGCAAUUGAGAAUGUUCUGGAAGAUUGCAACGUAAACUUUUCGAUUGCAGAAUUACAACUUAACGAAGCCAAACGCAAUUUGGUAACCCUUAAUUACGAGAAAGCCUUCGAAUCGGUGAAAACUUCGGUUAGCUAUCUUCAGACUUGCAGAGGAAAUCUCCAAAAAAUCAAGUUCAACGAGUCACCUCAUGAAUUUUAUGACGAUAUCGAUAUCUAUCUCAAUCUCUCCUCUGUUGCUAAGACGUUGAUCCUCAUAAAAGUUAUGCUAUUGUCGUUUCUUGUGUUGUCGAUUCGAGCAGACGAAGAGCUGAUGAAGAAAGAGUGUAGUCAGACAGGAAAUCAAAACUUAUGCCUCUUCUGUCUUGCAACUGACCCAACCUCCAACCAAACCGACCUUGCUGGAUUCGUCAACAUCACUAUAAACUGUCUCGAAGCUCAACUUGAUAUUCUUAUCAACGACGUCACGAGUCUAUCGACGAAAGGAGUGGGUGAAGCAAUCGAGAAUGUUCUGGAAGAUUGCAACGGAGACUUUUCGAUUGCAAAAAUAGAACUUUACUUAGCCAAAGGCAAUUUGGUAGCCCGUAAUUACGAGAAUGCCUCCGGAUUGGUGAAAACUUCGGUUAGCAAUCUUCAGACUUGCAGAGGAAAUCUCCAAAAAAUCAAGUUCAACGAGUCAUCUCAUGUUUAUGACGAUAUCGAUAUCUAUGUCGAUCUCUCCCCUGUUGCUAAGACGUUGAUCGACCGUCUCCAUUAAUAUAUAUGUCGAUCUGAUUAUCAAAAAAAUAUUUAUGUCGAU